AAUUGCGAGUUUCGGACUGGAGAAAACCAAUGAUGACGUACUGAUGUCCACUUAUUUCCGUUUCCUUGCAUUGCUUGGAUUUAAGAUAUUCUCCACUAAACAGGUGGAUGUUGCUAUCUUGGAGGUUGGUCUUGGAGGAAAACUUGAUGCAACUAAUGUGAUGAAGGCACCUGUUGUUUGUGGAAUAUCCUCCCUCGGGCAUGACCAUACGGAGAUACUGGGAAAUACAUUGGGACAUAUUGCUGGAGAGAAAGCUGGCAUCUUCAAGCAAGAAAUUUCUACAUAUACUGUGCCUCAGACGGCAGAAGCAAUGUCCGUCCUCAAAGAUAAAGCUUCCAAACUUAGAUAUUCCCCUUCAAGUUGUCUCACCUUUAGAUAGAGAAAUACUUAAGGGUCAGCAACUUGGACUUCAUGACAAACAUCAAUAUCUAAAUGCAAGUCUUGCAAUUGCCCUAUCUAGAAGUUGGCUUCAAAGAACUGGGCAUGAGAAAAUAUUUUGCUCAAUGAUACUGGUACAUAACCCAGAAAGCUUGGAAGUUUGUGGGAAAUGGUUCUCUAAUGUUAUCGGAGAAGAAACUCAAUCAGAUGAAAGUUGCAAAUCUGAGCAGAUACUUCUAUUCAAUUGCAUGUCAGUUAGAGAACCUCAACUUUUGCUUCCACCCCUAGUAAGUGCUUGUGCUCAUCAUGGGAUUCAUUUCACAAAAGCUCUCUUUGUACCAAAUCAGUCUGUGCAUAAUAAGGUCAAUACACAUGCAACGACACAAAAUGAUCAACAAGUUGAUGUUUCAUGGCAACUGACACUUCAAAAAGUUUGGGAAAACCUUAUUCAUGGGAACAAAGGACUUGACAAUGACGAGAUCAAAAAUCACAAAGAGCCAAAUGCUACGAAGGUUGAUGAGAGCAGUUCAGUAUUUCCUUCGCUUCCUUCAGCUAUCAAGUGGCUCAGGGAAAAUGCUCGACAAAAUAAAUCGAUUCGUUUUCAGGUCCUGGUCACUGGUUAUUUACACUUAUUAGUAGGAGAUGUUUUGAAAUUGCUCAAGAAGUGAAAUAUCCUCGGAUCGAUAAACUUUCACUAAGGCACUUUUGAGCUCACAUCGGAUCAAAUUCUUUCUAUUUUUCAUCGAAGCCCAUGGUAAAACUUUUUGGGGUCCUAUACGUUGUAAUAAUAGCUCAUAAGGUCAUCCUUAAUGUUUGACACGGGCUGUCAAAUUAAAUUGAUUUUGCAGCCUAAUAUGUUGUCGCGUCAGUUUUAAGCUUAAUUAUUAGUCGAUAUGUUGUACGUGACAAUCUCUUUUUUUUUAAUGGAAUAAUAUGAACAUAUUGUUUUCUUA